AUGAUGCCGUUCACUUUCCUGUGGCUGCCCAACCCGGUUGAUGAGGCCGUCUUCGCGAGGCGAUACGCCGCGAAGUACUUCGCGGUCAGGGACCUCAUGUUCCGCGCCAUUCGUGCCUGCGUGAUUCCGGUGUUCCUCUGCGUCCGGCUGUGGCAGCAUGGUCUCGGGUGGCAGGCCCUGAACGCGCUGCUCAACGUCGCCCUGAAUGUUUUGGUGGAGUGGAUGGGAUUCGGGUGGCAGAGGGACGCGCUGGGUGGCAAGAGAACCGCCAUGGCGGUGGCUACAAGAAUCGUCAUUCUCCUCACCCAGGCGAUGGAUGCGACCAGCAUGGAAAUCCCGGUCCAGACGCCUUUGUCGAUGGUCCGCUUCAUGCUCCUGCCAUCGGGACUUCUGGUGCUAUUCUUGACCAGCAUUUUCGUUCCGCUUCUCGCGAGGCACCACCUCCCGGUGACCCUGGCUGGGAUCGUCGCCAUGGGCUUCGUCACAGUGCCCAACGCGUGCGACGUGGCCGUCAGCGCCCCUGAGAGCGGUGCCAUCGUCCUGGCCGUCUGGCACUUCACAAAUGCCGUCUUCACGGGGGGGGUGCUUGGAGAAAGCGGCCAGCCUGCUCCUUACGACGCCUGCCAAGGUGUUGUUAACAUGGCGCACUUUGUGCUUGGGUUCCUCUUGCCGUCGUUCGCGAUGUGGGCAGUGGAGUACGAGGAGCGAACAAAUUUCAGUGAGGGGAUUUCUCGUCCGAGAGAGCUCCUGACAAAUGACAUUAUACGCAAGCACAUGUUCUUGUUUUUUCUUGUGAUGGGCUGCGUGUGGUUGUUUCUGAACCUCAGAGUGUGGAUGUAG